CGCCGAUGACGGCCCACUCAUGGUGGGGAAGGGGGAGGAGGUCAAGUGCUCCCAGUGGCGGCGCAAGUGUCCGCAUCGUCCUCACGCCACAUGUGGGAGAAACCGCCAGGCGUAGCUGCAGCAGACGGAGGCGGGAAUCCUACCAGACGGCCUGGCGAGGGCGAGAGCUGGCCCGCUCCAACCAGCCUCGAACUUCUCCCCACCCCCAAGAUCGGAACGCCCAGGGUGAUCACAAUCCCAGGGAUGUGCCCCCAGAUGCUGAGGGAGUCCUUGAGGUCGGCACCGCGGCAAGGCGAUGCCAAACACAAGGAUCGAGACAAACUUCCAGCCGGUACCGCUCACAAGCUGGCAUCCCUGGGAGGGCCACCCUGUUUGUGCGGAGGCUGCCGCCGCCCUUCCGCCGCCAGGAGCCGCCCUCGCUCUGCCUCCCACGAGCUGGCCAGCGGGCGCCCUCGAGGGGGCCGCACCGCCCCGAGCUCGCGCCUGCCUCCGCGCACGGCGCCCGCGCGCGGCAGCCCGCUGCCCGACGGGGCGCCGCCAGCGCGCGGCGACGAGCCCGCGCGGGCCUGCCGCGUGCCGCCCAGCUGGCCAGACUCUGGCCGAGCCGAGCCCGCAGGCAUCGCGCCGGCCCCCACCCCAUGCUGCCAGCGGUGUGCGAGGGCUACUGGGUGAUCGAGCGCGCACCAGGGGGGGGGGGCGUGGCGAGGUGGGCGUCCUUCUGAGAAGGCAGGGAGCCUCUCAGGAGGGAUCGGCCUCCUCUUUCCGAGGCUCCUCCGACAGCUGCGUCCAAGGCUGGCGCUCCCCCCAGAGCCCCCCCCCUCCGAGAUCAUCCAGAGCGCCCCCAGAGAGCUGCGAGAUGUGGACGAGGCGCAUAACAAGGAUGCAAGAUGUGGAUGACAGGGCCCUGGAAGACCGUGUCGACACCUUUCGAGAGGGGCGCGGCCAGUGAAAUUGACAGAGGAAGAACCAAGGGAGAAGGGUGCAAGGGUAAUCUUGGAAAGCCCAAUCCGUCCUAUGCGACCUGACUGUGCUCCCUAGAGGCCCACAGCUGGCCGCGACUGCGAACACCGCCGCGCGCUUCGUCGGCGCACGGGGUGCUCGGGAACUCCUCGGCUCCCGGCGGAGGGGAGCAAAACUCGCACACGCCUAGUCACUCGGCCGCCCUCCGCGCCGGAGGCAUCCAUCGGCGCUGGCCCCCUCCGUGGCGCCGCAUGCACGCUUGCACGACCGCCCCCCCCGAGGCGCUCCCAGCGCGAGGAAACGCGGCUGCCGAUUCAAACGAGCAGUUCAAAACUCGCCGAGCGUCGUUACGUGGCGCCAGCCGAGCCCUACCCCACCAACCAUCGAUUCUCCUGCAUCGGCUGGAGGCGGAGGGAAGGCUCGGAUGUCACCACAUGUUCGACGAAUUCCGAAUCCGACCCCCGCCGCCCAUCGAAUGGCCUGAAUCGUUGGUCGGCGACGGUAGGGCUCGGAUUUUGCCGCAUAUUCGUGGCGCUCUGGCGCCCGCGAGGAACACUUGCACGUGUUGCGGCUUGCAACCGUCAGACUCCCACAUGCACACCCGAUUCCGCUACAGAGAGAAUCGAGAUAGCAGUGUCACUGAAGCUGAUGCAUGAUGACUGGACUGAUCCGUGCUGGCUGCAUGGCCACAAGGAUGACACAGGCAGGUGUGAAACACGGAUCCGUUAGGUCACAGCCCUAGCAGCAAUGCGUUAGAUGCUGCGUGCCAAAACUGGCCACUAGCGGGGCUGCAGCCUUUCCCAGACAGGUCGAGAGGCUAAUUAGAGAGGGUGUUGAAAUGUCAUGUGAGGGAAAGGGAAGCAGGUGUGCAAGUGAGGGGGAGGGAGAGAACGAGAGAGAGAGAGGGGGCGACAGGGAGAGAAGCAUACAUUCCAAAAGGGGGGGAGGGAGAGAGAGAGAGGCAGAGAGAGAUUAACCAAAUAAUAAGUACAUAAAGAAAGAGAAGGGCGCAUAGUGGCACUUAUGCGCAAGUGUCAGCAAAGGUACUGAAACCGCUCUCGGGCGGGCAAGUGAGUUCCUCUCGUCCG